GCGCGCUUGGUCGGCGGCCAUGUGUUCGCUGGCGGCGGGGAACGGCCAAGGCGCCGAGCUGGAGCUGGAGCCGGAGCCCCUGGAGCUGUCGGACAGCGGAGACGACGCGGGCUGGGAGGACGAGGACGCGGACGCUGAGCCCGCGCACGGCCGUCAGCACACACCCUGCCUGUUUUGUGACAGGUUGUUCGCCUCUGCUGAGGAAACGUUUUCACACUGUAAGUUGGAGCAUCAAUUUAAUAUUGAUAGUAUGGUCCAUAAACAUGGUGAGUAUCUCUUAGAAUAAAGACAAGUUUGCUUGGGAAGUUUAGAUUCAAAUUUUAUAGUUUUCCAGACCCUUUAUUUUCUUUGUGUGUGUUUCCCCAAAGUUGACGUUAGGUGUCUUCCUCAGCUGUGCUUCACUUCAUUGAGGCAGGGCCACUCCCUGGAACCUGGAGCUCACUGACUCAUGUCGAGGGCUCAGGAAUGAUCUCUGGCUUCUGACUCCAAGCAUCGACAUUACAAGAGGCUGUCACCUCUGCCUGGUGUUUUAUAUGGUGCUGAGAAUCGAAAUCACGUUCUCAUGCCUGUUGUGACUUGACUUUUACGGAUACAUUAAACUAAUAAAUUUUAUUAGACUUAAGAACCCUACAGUUGAGUAUAUGAAUUCCAUAUAUAACCCUGUGCCUUGGGAAAAAGAUGAGUACCUGAAACCAGUGUUGGAAGAUGACCUUUUGCUUCAGUUUGAUGUAGAAGAUCUUUACGAGCCAGUGUCUACUCCCUUCUCCUACCCCAAUGGACUCAGUGAAAAUACAUCUGUUGUUGAAAAACUGAAGCAUAUGGAGGCCCGGGCACUGUCUGCUGAGGCUGCACUGGCUCGAGCUCGUGAGGAUCUGCAGAAGAUGAAACAAUUUGCUCAGGACUUUGUGAUGAACGUAGAUGUCAGAACCUGUUCCUCCACGACAACCAUUGCAGACCUGCAGGAAGAUGAGGAUGGCGUCUACUUCAGCUCCUAUGGGCAUUAUGGGAUACAUGAAGAAAUGCUAAAGGACAAAGUACGCACAGAAAGCUACAGAGAUUUCAUAUACCAAAAUCCACACAUCUUCAAAGAUAAGGUUGUUCUGGAUGUUGGGUGUGGAACUGGAAUUCUCUCCAUGUUUGCUGCCAAAGCUGGGGCAAAGAAAGUGAUUGCAGUUGACCAGUCUGAAAUCCUCUAUCAGGCUAUGGAUAUCAUAAGACUAAAUAAACUUGAAGAUACCAUUGUACUAAUUAAAGGAAAGAUCGAAGAAGUGAGUCUUCCUGUGGAAAAGGUGGAUGUUAUUAUAUCAGAGUGGAUGGGCUAUUUUCUUCUUUUUGAGUCGAUGUUGGAUUCUGUCCUUUAUGCAAAGAGUAAAUACUUGGCAAAAGGGGGAUCGGUCUACCCUGACAUUUGUACCAUCAGCCUUGUGGCCGUGAGUGACGUGAGCAAGCAUGCUGAUAGAAUUGCCUUCUGGGAUGACGUCUAUGGCUUCAACAUGUCCUGCAUGAAGAAAGCAGUUAUACCGGAAGCUGUUGUGGAAGUUGUAGAUCACAAGACUCUUAUUUCAGACCCUUGUGAUGUCAAGCAUAUAGACUGCCACACCACGUCUAUCUCAGACUUGGAGUUUACUUCAGAUUUUACCCUGAGAACCACAAAGACGGCCAUGUGCACGGCAGUUGCUGGGUACUUUGAUAUAUAUUUUGAGAAGAAUUGCCAAAACAGGGUCGUGUUCUCUACUGGCCCCCAGAGCACCAAAACACACUGGAAACAGACAGUAUUUCUACUGGAAAAGCCUUUUCCAGUUAAAGCAGGUGAAGCCUUGAAAGGAAAGAUCACAGUUCACAAGAAUAAGAAGGAUCCUCGUUCCCUGAUUGUGACCCUGACUUUGAACAGUUCAACCCAGACUUACAGUCUCCAGUGACAGUCAUGGUCUCCAGCUGCCACAAAGUCUGAAGCAUACCCAACUGUCUGUCUUUAAUGUGGGAUAGGGCAGUCAUUGGAAGGGGCAGGCUCCAUGGGGCUGUAGCAUGGCUGGUCCUGGCCCUGCAGCUACUGGGUAGUAAGCCUAGAUAAAGCAGAGAGCUCAGUGGAGGAUCCUGCCCUCCUCCCUCCUACUGCUUCUGCUCCUAAAGAUCCUAGUCACAGAAGCCUGCUUGGCCAGAUUAGCUGAAGAGACUUCCUCUCCUGCUAGACUGAGACUCAUUUGAAUUGGCUUACUUUUGGAACAGUUAUAGUCCUGGUUUUUACGUGUGUGUGUGUGUGUGUGUGUGUGUGUGUGUGUGUGUGUGUGUGUGUGUGGUGUGUUUCUUACUAUAGAUUUUGUUUUUAAUAAUGAGCAACACAAAGCAGUGUUUUACUCUAGAUUUUCUUUCUAGAGGAACAAUUUUUAGUUACACUCUUUGCUGCAGUAUCAGGAUAUCUCUAGACUAGAGAGCCAGUGGGCAGGACACAGCAGCAGCUCUUACACAUCCUGUUUGCAGAGGCUGAGCUGCGGUCCUCUCCAUGCACCUGCAGCUCUCAGCUGUACCUCCUCAGUGUUCUCCAGCCCAUAGCCUAGCAUUGUGGGGAAGUCUAACUUCAGGACAUAGCCAGGUAUGACAGACUCUCUCCAGGAUGGGGUAGAUGUGUGCCUCUCUAAAAUGCUGCCUUUUCAAACCAGGUUUGCUUCACUGUCAUGUAUCCAUCUGCUAAUUCUAUAAAAUCAUGUUAUUCAGGUUGAAAGAAUGAAAAAUAUCCAAUAAAACAUGCAACUAUUGAAAUAUUGAAAGCUUCUUCAUCACACU